ACAAAACAACUGCCUAGCAGCUGAGAGCGAGCAAAGCAAGGCAACUUCUACCACAGGCUACUGCCUCCAAAAGCACAGAGCAGUCCGACAGCCAGAGAGCCCGUCCGACAGCAGCCUCCCCAGGCAAAGACAGGAAAGAAACAAAGAAGAAGGAGGAAAAACCUAUUUACUCCGACUCACCUUCAACGAGAUCCUCGAGAUCAACUCGCACGUCAGACCAGAGGACAGACAAGCUAGAGGGACUCUGUUCACUCGCUCGCUAGUUCGUCUCUCCCCAUCCCUGAGUAUCGCGGGUCCAGUCGCCCACUGACUUUCCCUAUUCUCAGAGAGCAGUUCUUGAAGAUGUCCGCAGGGAGAAUGGGACCCAUGAGCUUCGCCUUCGUGUUCCUGCUCAUCUUCUGCAACCGGGAGAUAGCCGGCCAGGACUGCAGUGGGCAGUGUCAGUGUGGGGCAGGACCGCCACCGGAGUGCCCAGCCGGCGUGAGUCUGGUACCAGACGGCUGUGGCUGCUGUAGAGUGUGCGCCAAGCAACUGGGAGAGCUGUGCACCGAGCGGGACCCCUGCGACCCUCACAAGGGCCUCUUCUGUGACUUCGGCUCUCCAGCCAACCGCAAAAUUGGAGUGUGCACCGCAAAAGACGGUGCCCCAUGUGUCUUUGGAGGGAUGGUCUAUAGGAGUGGAGAGUCCUUUCAGAGCAGCUGCAAAUACCAGUGCACGUGCCUGGAUGGGGCUGUGGGCUGCGUGCCCCUCUGCAGUAUGGAUGUCCGUCUGCCCAGUCCAGACUGCCCCUUCCCCCGAAGGGUGAAACUUCCUGGUAAAUGCUGCGAGGAGUGGGUGUGUGAGGAACCCAAGGACAAAGACCAGACUGCAGUCGGACCAGCCCUAGCUGCUUUCCGACCGGAAGACACUUAUGGCCCUGACCCAACUAUGAUUCGUGCCAACUGCCUGGUCCAGACCACAGAAUGGAGUGCCUGUUCAAAAACAUGUGGUAUGGGCAUCUCUACCAGAGUCACCAACGACAAUGCCUUCUGCAGACUGGAAAAGCAAAGUCGUCUAUGCAUGGUCAGACCCUGUGAAGUUGCUCUGGAAGAGAAUAUCAAGAAAGGCAAAAAGUGUAUCCGAACUCCCAGAAUCUCUAAGCCUGUCAAGUUUGAACUUUCUGGAUGCACCAGUGUCAAGACCUACCGGGCUAAGUUCUGUGGGGUCUGCACAGAUGGUAGAUGCUGCACUCCCCACAGAACUGCCACCCUCCCCAUUGAGUUCAAGUGCCCUGAUGGUGAAGUUAUGAAGAAGAAGAUGAUGUUCAUCAAGACCUGUGCAUGCCAUUACAACUGCCCUGGAGACAAUGACAUUUUUGAGUCCCUGUACUACAGGAAAAUGUAUGGAGAUAUGGCAUAAAGCCAGAGACAGAGACAGAGAGAGACAGAAAGAGAGAAAAAAGAGAGACUAAUUAGACUGUCAACUUGAAAAGAUUCACAUCUCAUUUUUUUUUGUAAACAUGAUUUCAGUAGCACAAGUUAUUUAAAUCUGUUUUAUUUAAGAAAAAACUCCCACAAAAUCCAACCCAUUGCUCCAUGUGGCAUUCAGACAGAAAUGAGCUACUGCUGACCCCAGACAUUGGUUUGGAGAAGAAAGUAAGACUUGACAGUGGGACCACAUCACAGCACACCUUCAGAACUUGUACUAGGUUGGUGCUUAGGGGUCAAUGGAGAGCACUUGUGGAAAGGUUUGCACUACUAAGUGGCUGUUCCCUUAAAGUGGUAAUGCUGUGCUCCACCUGGUAAUGCAAUCGAGAAGGAGACCUUUAGCAUUCUCACCCACCUGCCCUCAGCUCCAGUGACAGCUGAGUUGUGCCUUCUUGGCUGGCAGGGGGUUUCAGACUGUUCUGUUCCACUGGAACAAACAGUAUUUCAGCUAUGACAUUUUGAUUCAAAUGACCAUGCUCAAAGAGAGUCAGAAUCAUGUCUAUUAGACUGGACAGCUUGUGGCAAGCUAAUUUGCCUGUAACAAGCCAGAUUUUUUUUAUUAAUAUUGUAAAUACUGUGUAUAUAUAUUUGUACAGUUAUCUAAAUUAAUUUAAAGUUGUUUGUGCCCUUUUUUGUUGUUAAUGCUUGGAUAUGUUCAAUGUUAGCCUCCAUUUCUGAACACCAUAGGUAGGAUGCAAGGCUUGUUUGACAAUGCAUUCAAAGCAUGAAAUAGAUACUCAAUGGAAAUUCUGCUCAGUUAGAGUGACCAGUGGUCAAGAUAGAUUGUUCGAUAAAGGUGAGGCAAGGAUGUUGUUGUUAUAAAUCAUGACUUGUACAUUGGAAAGCAGUGACCUCACUUUUAAUGACAGAUGACCUUCGGUAAAUGAGUGGCUCUUGGAGAGUUCACCAUUCUUUCCACCUAGGAGCAUUUGUUUCUGACUUUGACCAAGACUGUUUUUGAACAGUUUGUUAUUUGUUGAGAAGUGUGACCAAAAGUUACAUGUUUGCACCUUUCUAGUUGGAAAUAAAGUAUUAUAUUUUUUGUACAAA